AUGAGGAAACAAAUCUUCAUCCUCGCUUUCCUUGGCGAUGUUGCUUUUGGUGCCGGCGGUGCUGCUCCACGCUUGAACGCUGCUGAGACAGUCCAUUGCGUUACAUAUGUGUCGACAUACUUGGUGCCGGUAUCCUAUGGAACGACGGGGCCUGGGCAAGGGUCUUCAAUCUUUACUUCGGCUUCUGUCAGGCCGUCUGGUGCGGUGUCCAGUGGCGCUGGCGGCCCGUCGAUACCAACAGGACCUGGGAUCUCGGCGUCAGGCGGUACACCUCCGAGUAGCAUUCUAUCAGGGGCUACAUCCUCGGGCAACACGCUUGUGGGUGGUACGACUUCUCCCAGUGUAGUUGCCUCAAAUCCAACGCCUUCCCCCAGUGCGAUAGUUGGCCAAGCGGUAAUCUUUCUCAUUGCUCCAGCCCCAGGGACCUCAAAAAGACAUAUAAAGAAGAGGGCCGUUGGGGGCUUCGUUGACAUUGGGAUCACCGCAAACGCCCAAACUUGCGACCUCGCCGCUGUUUUCACCCUUUCCUUCGGCCAGCUUUACGCCGGUAACGUGCCUAUUUACUACCUGGCUGGGGAGUCAUUCAAGCCGUUCCGUCCCAGUACAUCUGUGCCGUCAGGCGCCAUCACAACGACAUUUGCCGCCGUCGACGGAGUCUUACAGUUUACGAACCCCGCGUUGCCCAAUGGACGGUCAGGCCUAUGCCAAGAUAGCGUCACCGGACAGGUCUACAUCACCUUCACAUCAAGCCCGCCAGGAUGUGCGCCAGUGGUGCUCAUCACGUACGGUGUGCCAAAACGGAAGAAUCGUGUCGGCUGGAGCCAGCAGCACUUCACCCGCACAGCCUUCACUCAGUCCGAGCAUCGAGACAAGCAGGCUGUCUACCAGCCCUGUUUUUCCUUCACCAACUCUACAACCGGCAGAACCACAACUACGAUCGUGGCUAUUUCACCCGAGCCGACAUCUCUUACUGUACCGGAUCUCUCAACAACUGCCUCUACUCCAGCGGGCGCCAGCGAGUCAUCGCCGCCCCCAUCCACAACGCCCCUGAAUCCCUCGGCAAGCGCAAGCACUGUCGAGUCAUCUACAGACACCAGUUCGAGUUCGUCCACCACGUCUACAGUGCCCCAGGUGACCGGCGCUUGCUCGGGGCAGACAGAUCCCUUCAGCGCGUCCAACGGAGAUCAAUUCAACCCGCGUUGCGGCCGCACAUAUGUCGGGCCGGUGUAUUUAUCAGAGUCCACGCUCCAAACUUACGUAGCAUGCGCCGAAGCAUGCUCACAGGACGGCCGGUGCACCUCGUUCCAUUACACGCUGGAAAACACAUGUUCCCUGUUUACCGGGAUACCUCAGGACAGUGGCGAAGCUUCCAUCGAUUCUGGCCUCCGUGCUCCGGCGGCCGGCGGAUGCCAGCAACUUACGGACCCCUUCAGGACAUCAAAUGCCCGCCAGUUCAGCAAGAAGUGCCAGAGCCAGUAUGCAGGGCGACAGGAGCUAGCACAGAGUACACCCGGGAGCUAUGGUGCAUGCGCCGAGGAGUGCUCGCAAAACGGCCAGUGUACCGUCUUCUUCUACGGGGAUGACGGCGUCUGCAUUACGUGGGCUGGAGACGCCUCUCUCACCGGUGGUCAAGGCGAUUCUGGCCUUCUCGUCCCGCCCGCGGGCAGCUGCCUGGCACAGACAGACCCCUUUGGUACAUCGAAUGGACGUCAAGUCAACAGACAUUGUGGGCGGACGUUCAUAGGGACGACUUUUAUAUCAUCGAGCGAUCAAGCGAGUUACGCAGCUUGCGCCGAGCAGUGCUCAGCAAACCCGUCUUGCACUACCUUCUUUUAUACAAUAUAUCGCGAGUGCGCCAUAUAUAGUGGAGUGGGUGGGUUCAACGGUAAUAGCAGCCCGGACGUUGAUUCUGGCGUCAUGGUUCCGGUCCCCGGCAGCUGUCUGGCACAGACAGACCCCUUUAACACAUUGAAUGGAAUCCCAUUCAACAGACAUUGCGGGCUGGAGUAUACCUCAUCUACGAGUCUAUCUUCGAAUGUGCAAGGGAGUUACAUAGCCUGCGCCGAGCAGUGCUCAUUAAACCCCUUGUGCACUACCUUCUCCUUUACGGUAGCAGGCACAUGCGCUACAUAUGGUGGAUUUGGUGAGUAUGCCGGCUAUGCAGGUCCGGACGUUGAUUCUGGCGUGGUCAUCCCGCCCGCCGGCAGCUGCCAGAGCCUUUCGAGCCCCUUCAGCACAAUGAAUGAACGCCAAUUUACCAGGGCGUGCGGGUAUGAGUACAUCGGCCAGUUUCUCAUUUCACAGAGCAAUCUUGGGACCUACCAAGCAUGCGCCGAGCAGUGCUCGGCGGACAUCUCUUGCACCGUCUUCGUCAUGAGACAAGGCAACCUUUGCAGUUGGUUCGGGGGGGACCCUCGGGCUACUGGUGUCGAGGACUACUAUAUAAAUUCCGGUAUAGACUUCGAUGUGCCCCUAACGAGGACUUGCCGGGAACAGACGGACCCCUUCUAUUUGCAGAGCGGGCGCUUUUUCAACCAGCUGUGUGGAAGCCGGUAUACUGGAUCAACGGAGCUGUCCAACACCCCGCAGGCGAACUAUUUAGACUGCGCCCAGCAGUGCACGUCGGACCCCUCGUGCACCACCUUCCACCUGACGGGACAGCGCCGAUGCUUCACAUUCAGCGGAGCCAACGCCCAGGUCGGCGGCGCCGACCCCACCGUCAAUUCCGGCAUCGCCGCCCCUCCCCCCGCGAACAGCUGCCAGGGCUCGUCGGACCCCUUCGUCGCCCCCAACGGCCGCCGGUUCAACACGCAUUGUGGGCUCAGAUAUGCAGGAACAGAGCAGCUAGGAGGGGUGGUUGAACACCCGAACUUCGCGGCAUGUGCCGAGGAUUGCUCCAAGAGACCCACGUGCACCAUCUUCAAGUACUCGCCGAACAAGAUAUGCAUUCUGUACAACGGAUACGCUCAAGGCGGAGGCCCCAGCACCACCGACGACUCCGGCAUCGCCGUCCCGGGCGCCGACAGCUGCCAGGGCUCGCCGGCUCCCUUCGUCACAACGAACGGACGCCAGUUCACCAAGGACUGCGGGCGGGCAUAUAGCGGAAGUAACCUCAUAUCGCAGACUCGGCAAGAGACCUACGCAGCAUGCGCGGAAAAGUGUGCAGGCGAGUUCGAGUGCGUCGGUUUUACCCUCUACACAUUCCAGUGCUUGACGUUCAUCGGGCCGUUCCAGCCCACCAGCCAAACCGCCAAUUUUGUAAACUCGGGUGUCCUGAUCGAGCCGACCGUCUCAUGCGCAACAUCGCCGAACCCCCUUACCACAGUGAACGGGAAGCAAUACGAAACGCGUUGCGGCGAGCGGUGGGAAGGCAGCUCACAAAUACAGCAGCGAACGCUCGGGUCGAACAGCUUCUUGAAAUGUGCUGAGCUAUGCUCACAGCAGCCCCAGUGCACGUUGUUCUCUUACUACUCUGACCGGUUUUGCGAAUUGUGGGAGGGGGCCACAACAACUACCGGUCAAAAUGCCGGCUUUAAUGCCGGCUUUCUUCUUCAGCCUUGA